AUGGAAUUUGAUUGGAAGCAACUGCUUCCGGCUGUAUGGGCGAUCGUUCUCUUCGUACCGCUAGCUCAGGCAGAUGUCAGUCACUUGUCACUGUCCCAUGAGCAUGGAGGGCAUGGAGGUCAUGGAGAGAAAAACAAACAAGCAGAUGCUGCCGUGGAAAUGAAUGAUGGCCAGUUCUAUCCUGUUGCCGGAUUGCCUUUGCCACCGGGCUAUGCCAUCCCGACAGGAAAUAAUGUUCCACCCCCACCUGUGGCGCCGCCCAAUUUCCCGUUGCCCAUAUAUCCGCCAUAUUUUGGUUUCGGUGGUUCGCAGGGAACGGGUCCGGGGCCGGGCUUUUCGAAUGUCGGUGGUCAACAAUUCGCAGGUGGACCAAUCCCAGAGCCCACCAAUGGACAGUACACAGCAUUCCCAACGGGCUCACAGGGCUUUCCGUUUCCCGGUACUGGUCCACAGGGUGGCGUGCCUUUCCAGCCUGGAUCGCAAUUCGGAUCAUUUGCGAAUGGACCCCAAGCCGGUGCAUUCCCAUCUGGGCAACAAGCUGGUCCUUUUCUACCUGGGUCAUUCCCACAAUCAGGUGCUUUCCCUUCCGUCCCACAAACUGGUCCCUUCCCAUCGGGCCCACAAGCUGGUCCCUUUCCAUCAGGCCCACAAGCUGGUCCCUUCCCACCUGGUCCACAAGGAGUUCCCUUCCCAGCAAUACCACAAGGUGGUCCCUUCCCAUCUCAACCGCAAUUCCCACCUGACUAUCUUACCAAUCAGGGUCUGCCGCUCGCUGGAGCCCAACAACCGUUUCUGCAACCAUCAGGCUUCAAUGUACCCCCCGGAUUUGCAGGACCCGGCAUCGACUUUUCAAAUCCCUAUCAGCAACCCUUCGCCGAUGAAGCACAACCGGAAGAAGUGGAUGCACAUCCCACCACAGAUGAGCCAACCAAAGCCAAACAAUCUAGCGACACAGUCUACGCCCCGAAUGGUGGCUAUGUCUAUCAACGAGCCAAAUAA